AGGCAGAGCCGGGGCCGCAGCGGCAGCGGCGGCCGGACGGGGACCAGAGCUGCGGCUGGACCGGGUCGGGUCGGGCCGAGGCCGAAGCCGCAGAAGCCGUGGUUGGGACCUGAAGGAUCCACCGUGGAUCCCGUGUGCCUCCUUGGCAGGGCCCACCUUCCCAGCCAUGCCAACCGGCGGAUGAGGCUGGAGGCUCUGAUGGAGCAGCUGCAGAAGCAGCAGCAGCCGCCGCCGCCCGCUCCUCUGCAGAUGGAUUCCCGGGAAAGGCAGGAGCGGCAGAUGCGAGAAGCCCAGCUGCUGUACGCCCAGCAGCUGGCAGCCCAGCAGGCCGGCCUCACCUCCCCGGCUUCCAAGGCUUCUGGGAGUCCUGCUCUGGGGCCCCUGGCCAGAAUGCCACUGGCCGCAGCAGCCGCCCGGCUCGGGAGCUCAGAGCCCGACGAGGAAGAGGAAGGGGGGCUGGAAGAAGAGGAAGGGGAUGGGGAAGACUCCGAGAUCCCCGAGAAGGAGGCCCAGCGUCCUUCCAAGUAUUUCCACGUGCAGAAAGUGACCCGUCACGACCCCCGAGCCACCCCCAUGGCAAAUCCUCCUCUUCCUCCACCACCAGGGCCGCAGAGGGGGCUGCACAUCAAAGAGGACCAUGCCAGAGAGGCUCCAAAAGCCCCCUCCUCAGUCACAGCGUCCAGCCACCCAAACUGGAAUCUGGAGGAGCCGCUUCCGCAGAAUGGUGUUUUGACCUGGAGUGAUGAUACUGAUGGAGGACGAGGAAGAGAGAUCUCUCGAGAUUUUGCUAAGUUGUAUGAAUUGGACAAUGACCCCGAACGGAAAGAGUUCCUGGAUGACCUUUUCAUCUUCAUGCAGAAGAGAGGGACUCCCAUCAACCGCAUCCCCAUCAUGGCCAAGCAGAUCCUGGAUCUCUACAUGCUGUACAAGCUGGUCACGGAGAAGGGGGGCCUGGUGGAAAUCAUCAACAAGAAGAUCUGGAGAGAGAUCACCAAGGGCCUCAACCUGCCCACGUCCAUCACCAGCGCGGCCUUCACCCUGCGCACCCAGUACAUGAAGUACUUGUAUGCUUACGAAUGUGAGAAGAAGGCUCUGAGCUCCCCAGCCGAGCUCCAGGCCGCCAUCGAUGGCAACCGGCGGGAGGGCCGGCGGCCCAGCUACAGCUCCUCCCUCUUCAGCUACUCCCCCAGCACCCCCGCCGGGCCCGCCUCCCUGCUCUCCCCGCCGAAGAUCCGGUUCCCCAUCCUCGGGCUCACCCCCAGCAGCGGCGGUGGGACCAACAGCCCUCGGCUGCCCGCGGCCGCGGCUCUCAGGAAAGGUGACGGGGUGGCCAUGACAGUGCCCAUGCCCAACCGGCUGGCUGUGCCAGGGACCUUGGGGGGGGGCCAGCAGGCCGGCCCCCGCACCGCUACCCUGGAGCAGCUGCGGGAGCGGCUGGAGGCCGGGGAGCCUCCCGAGAAGAAGGCGUCGAGGAUGACCGAGGAGGAGCAGCGCUUCGUGCAGCAGGCUUUCCACCGAAACCUGCUGAGUGUGGCCCGGCAGCUCCCCAUGAAAGUCAAGAUCAACGGCAGGGAAGAUCGCUCGGAGGCGGCGGCGGCGGCACUGAACUUGUCCACUGGCGGCAUUGGCAGCAUUAACAUGUCUGUGGAGAUCAAUGGCACCAUCUAUGCAGGUGUGCUGUUCGCCCAGAAGCCCGUGGUCCACCUCAUUGCCAGCCCGGCCCCCCAGAGCACCUGUAGCAGCAGCAGCAGCAGUGUCAGCUCCCACUGCUCCCCAAGUCCUACCUCAUCCCGGGGCACCCCCAGCGCAGAGCCCUCCACCAGCUGGGCCCUCUGAUGGGUCGGAAGGCCCAGCUUCCCAUCUCAAGAGCCAGGAAAGGAGUUGAACGGUUUUUACCUCAUCACUCAGCACCCAUUUCCAAGACCAUCCGGCUGGACGGCGAGGGCCCAGGCUGGCCCAUCUGUCCGGCCCCAUUCAAGUCCUGCUGCGUCCCUGGGGAGGGAAGAAGCUGGAGGGGAGGGAGGGGCAGUGCUGUCCCAUCAGCCGUUGUCUUAGUUGAUGGGGAGGGGGUGGUCUCUAAGUGACUGGUGUCUCCCGACCCGGAGCAGCACAGUGUAUCGACAAUCUGAGAGCCGGCAGGGGGAUUGAAUUCCCCUCCAUAAGCCUUCCCCUUUAUUUAUUUCCCUUCCAACUUGCCCGUCAUCAUCACCCCAUUGUCACUGACUCAUCCUGCCAGCUCUGUCCUUAAGCUUCAUCCCUCCCUCGAAUCAAAUGGGAGAGAUGAUCUCUUGUCACGUCCCCCCUCUCCUCCUGGGGGGGCGUCUCCCUUACAACCAUCCCACCCACCCUGCCCCCUGGAAGUCUUGGGGUACCGGGAGGGGAUCCCCUUCCCGGUGAGACCCAGGGCUCCCCCUGCUCCAUUUUUAACUGCCGCACAGAAUGGGGCCUGGGGCCUGAAUGUAGCCUUGGGGAGCCCCAAAGCACUGCUGAAUUAUCUACUGAGGGGAGGGGAUCACUGCUUCUCAGGGUCUUGUCUAGUUCAAGGUCACCCAAGGGUACUCAGCCCAGCCCAUCCCUUCCACGUCCCCGUCCCCCCCGACCCUUAAAUCCGCAUGGCCUACACUCCACUGGCCAGGCCGCCCCUCGGCUCUUCCACCCCCCCUUUCCAUCCAUCUCCGGGGGCCGCCUCAGCGCCCCCACGGGUCCCCAACCUGCCUGCAUCGGGUUCUUUGAAAUACCUCAGAUUUGUAAUUGUUGAUGUUUGAUUCUUCAGGAAGUAUUUGCAUCUCUGAAAUCUUUUUAUAUGUGUUUUGCUGACUUUGUUUUUUAUUUUUAUUAUAAUAAUUAUAAUUAUUAUUAUUAUUGUAGCACCAAAGACGAAAAAAGCACCCCACCCCCACGCUAAGCAGAUAGCUUAGUCUCCCAGUCCUAAUGGCCCUUCCCUCGGACCUCAGAGACAGGGCAGGGAAGGCAAGAGGCAGAUGACUCAGGGAUAGGAGCCAGAGGAGGGGGCGCCUAAAACUCGUUCCUCGCGCCAGCCCGGGUUUCUCGCUUCCCCUGGGAGAGCAAGGCCCCUUCCUGCCAAAACGGGGCUCGUCGCCACUCGGACUCCGACCCCGUGGUCCCACUUUGGGGGGCAAGGGCCUCGGGGCCUCCCCGGCUGGAGCCUCCGAGCCCGGUUUUCCAGCUGCCCCGGCCCCGGAGAGAGACCUCCCCCGGCUUCCUCUUCUCUGGCCCCAGGCUCUGGAGCCUGUUGUUUGAAUGUUGUGACCGGAGGCACUUCUUGCACAGAGACCCGUGGAGGCUUGUCCCAUAGGGAGGAGAGGGAGCCUCCCAGUGCGGCGCGGUCAGCCCGACACGGGGGAGAAAGGAAAACCACUAAGCACGACACGUCCAAGUAGCCUCGCCUCCUUCCUUGGGCCGGGGACCCCCUCCCCCCCCGCAGCGCUCGGAGAGCCCACCCUCGGGUUGGCCCUGGUGGGCCGGAAGCGGUGGCUCUGGAAACCCGCCUCCCCCACUGGUCCGUCCCGGGCCCGUGCUUGGAGUGCAGUUCUCAGGGGUUCGGUCACGCAGGAUGGACUUUCCACCUGGAGGAAGCAGAAGCAGCCCAGGAGGUCUGUGGCGCCGGCCUCCCCCGCCGAGCGGCCUCCCAGCCCAAAGGCGACGUGGGGGGCACGGAGAGGAGGACCCAGCAGAGGGCCCGGCUCCAAGAUCUGCUUCCCCAGAAAGGACCUUUUUUUAACCAAACAGUGAGGGCAGCCGCGGCUCCCUCCGCCCCCUCCCCAUAUCUUAUCUAUUCUAACCGAAGAAAAUGUGAUAGCACCUGGGUAGCCUAGGCGGUGGAUGAAUACCUCAGAUGUCUUCUUACAGCAAGGGUCUGUAUAUGUUGUUGUUAUUUUCUAUCUUACACGUUCUCUGAAUGUUUAUAUUCCAAUAAACUUCUACCUCUUCACAAGAA